AUGGGCCAUAUCACUGAGUUAAGCAACCACAAUGCUUCGCGACUUCUAUACCUCCCUAGGGGUCUGAUUGCUCGGACAGACAUUCUCGCACCGCUCUGCAAAGCCAACAUCAUCUACGAAGACUUACAUCUUGUGCCCACACUCGCAACAGCGCAUGGAGUCAGCAUGGGCAUCGCCUUUGUCGUGAUCUUCCCCCUGGGCGCCAUUCUCCUCCGAGUGCCGCCGUCCAAACUCAGCGUCCCCAUCCAUAUCGCAUGCCAGGUUCUCGGUGUUGCGCUCAUGAUUGCCGGCCUUGCGACAGGAAUCCGCGUGGGCAAGAUCCUCAAUCGGGUGGGGAUCUUCAAGCUGCUCGUCCUUGCAUCCGUUGUCUGA